CGGGCGAGUGAAUGAAGAUGUAGAAGAACUCGCUAUAGCAGUGAUAUCAAACCUGCUGAGCCCUCCAUCCACUCCGUCGAAUCAAAUUGUUGCCAAUUGCACUCUUCUUGCUGGUGUGAUGAUCGGGGUUCGGUUGGACAAGAAGGACAUAGUUCGGAUUGAUAAAAGUGCUGCUCUGCCUCAACUCGCGCAGUCCCUUUUGACGCAGUUCCAAAAGGUUCUUUGGGCAUCCGAUGGAGGUGAUGUCGACAAAGACAGCACAGGAGUCGCACGCCGGGCAUGGAAACUCCUCAACGUCAUCUGUCGCAUUCUCGAGCCUGCUCGACCUUACUAUAUUCGUUCAUCCCACCCGAUGCGGAACCUGGAGAUGUGCAGGAAGAUUUAUUCAAGAGCGAGUUCAUCAGAAGAUUCCUGGGAUUUGUUGGAAGCUCUGCGAAAUGCACUGCGUUUCACGUUCGUUGCUGCUAAAGUAUCUCAGGACCCUGCCGUCUUGUGGAAUAGGCAGUUUUGGUGGUUAGACGAUGUCUCGCCAGAAGACUUAGACUGGCUGGUGGACUACCUGGACUAUAUUUAUUCCGACGACUACCAGACCGCAUAUGACAUCAUUUUACUACUGGUUGGCUUGCGGACUCACUGCAGUCCCGCUAAACGACAUACAUUUAUCGAGAGCCUCAUCGCAUGCAUGGGCAGUGACGUGCCUUACAGUUUACGUCACAUCGCUCUUCGCGCUGUUCAUAGAGUCCGACAAGACAUGGCAUCGAUCCAUGUGAUUGAUGAUGCAGGUCUACGCGACAUGGUUUUGACCAAGCUCUCCCCCGCUAUUCUGACCGCGGUUUGUCCGCGACCAGGUGCAACACCUGCCGAUGAUGGCCCUGACCACAGUCUCGAUUAUGAACGCGACUCGUGCUAUCUCGAACUGGUUUUUGCCCUUGCGAUGAAUUCCAACUGGCACUCCCAUUUGUCUGGGGAUCACCAUAUAGAACAAUGCAUUAGCAUGAUUGCAGCUUGCCGCUUCAUGCCGCAUGUAAUUUACCUAGCGGGCAUCCUCCUCCAAAUUGCACCUGAACAGUGGUCGGCCACAUCGCUCGAUUCUAUCACAGAGCGGGAGUGGUGGGAAUUGAUGAGCAGUGCAUGGAGGUAUGCAUACCGUGUAAUUGGCGACAUACACUGUUUCGAGUUCCUUCCCGUCCUUGUGGAAGGCACGAAAAAGUACAUGCGGGUUGCUUCGGCAUUUGAUCUCGGGCAGCUCAUCAGAGAUGUGGAUGGUACUCUCGAAACACUGGAGAGGCUAUAUUCAGAGCAGGGAGAGCAGAGAGAGGGGGUCGCCGUUGCUGUGAAAGAGUUUAGGACGGUGGCCAGCGACAUGCUUGAGAGGAUGGUCAAAAGUGAUGAAGUCGUUGGUCCCUGAUUAUCACAGUGCCUGCAUGUUGUGGUAGGGUCCUGGGACAAGAGGAAGGGAUGCCGCAAUGCGAGUAUCACUGUGAAAAUCUAAACAAGAUCGAUUUUG